AUGGGAAACAUCCCGACCUUCGAUACCGUGAGGGGAGACAGGCGCUUUAGCAGCUUCGUUGACAUAACAGCCUGCUCAGCGGAGAUGCUGGACCUGGUAGAUGACUGGAAGGUCGACGAGGGACUCACGAGUUCGGACCACAAUGGAAUUCUCUUUAAAAUUCAUAUCAAAAAAUCAAUAGGUAUCAAAAUACAAAGAACCACCAGAUUAUACAAUACCAAAAAAGCAAAUUGGACCGAAUUUCAUGAGAAACUCGGACAAUUAAUGCAAGAAAACCACUUAACAAAACCAGAAAUAGAAGAAAUAGACACAAAAGAAAAAAUCGAAGAAACAGUAAAUAAAAUAAUGCAAGUAAUAACACAAAUAUGUAAGACCUCAAUACCACAAAAGAAAAAUAAAGAGAAUCUCAAACUACCAUGGUGGUCAUCCGAACUCGAAGAAAUGAAGCGAAUGGUCACUACUAGAAAGCGCAGAAUCCGCUGUGCAGCCCCAGUAAGAAGAGAGAGGGUCGUGAAAGAGUACCUCGAAGCAAAGGAAAAAUACGAAAGUCGAGCGGCAAAAGCUCAAGUCGAGAGUUGGAAAGACUUCUGCAAAAAGCGGGAUAAGGAAGGGCUCUGGGAGGGUAUAUAUAGGGUUAUAGGCAGAGUCACAAAAAGGGUGGAGGACGUACCUCUGGAAAAAAAAAAAAAUGGCGAAACCCUUAGUGCAAAAGAGUCGGUGAAGUUGUUGGCGGAGACCUUUUACCCAGAGGACUCUGCUAAUAGUGAUAACGCCCAGCACAGACAAAUCCGUAUGAGGGCGGCCGAAGUGAAUGAUGGCGAACAAAAUGGUUAG